AUGGCGGCCGGGUCCCCGCGUUUGACGCAAGUCUUAACCAGCAAGCCUGUUGAGCCGCACCAAGUGGAUGAUCUUCCGCAAAGUAAUUCCCCAUGUUCGAGACGGGGGGCAGCGACCUCGCCUUACAAACAUGUUUCCUCCACGUUCCAAUCAAUGAUGGACCAGCUUGCGCACCAGCAUAUCAAGGAGAUGGCAGCAAUAGCAUCCGUGAUGGAGCCGCAGCAGACGGAGUUUGAAACCUCGAUGCAGUCCAAAACCACGAUGCAGAGCAUGCCCAUUGAACCUCGGAACAGUCGGGAUAGUCAUCGCGACAGUCAUCGGGACAGUCGUCGGGACUCCCACUCGUCCAAGAACGACGACGACAGGAAGCGUCCUGUGUUGGCCAGGAGUGGAACGGUGGCCCAGGUGAUGGUCAAGCAUCACCAAGACAUCCCAGAAGUGCACGCAGACGAGAUCCUCGAGGCUCUGGAAAGGAACGCAAGUGAGGAGGUGGUCCAACCAGAGAGCCUCAGAAGUAUGAUUCAGUUUAGGCAAAGCCCUACCGUUUUGGACAAGGAUCCUGUGCUCGAAACAGAUUCAGAGUAUGUUCGGAGGAUGAGCCGAAUGACCCGCCUUGAGAAGGUGCAGCGCAGUUUGCAAUCCCCGCAGUAUGAGAUGUUCAUGGCAUUGGUAUUGUGCUUCAAUGUUGUUUGGAUGGCGAUCGAGUUGCAGCUAGAAGGUACAGUCACAGGACAGGAACUCAAUUUUUGGCAAGGAUCCACGUCCGCACUCAGUCAGAGCCGUCCCGUUUGGGAUUCUGUUCUUCUCAUCGGGGAGAUUUGCUUCACGUCGUUCUUCGCGCUGGAUGUCGUUUGCCGAAUUUGCAUCCUGGGCAGCUUGUUCUGGAAAAUUUGUCUGAACUACAUUGACGUGGCGGUCAGCAUCACGUCCAUCGUCGAGCUGUCCGUGACUGUCUCUUCACAGCUGCCUGUGAGCCCCGUGUUGUUCCGGCUCCUGCGCCUGGGGAAGCUUGCACGCGCCAUCCGCGUCGUGUCAAUGUCAAGUGUUCUUGCAUCGCUGCAGCUGCUGGUCAAAUGCUUGGCGUCCAGCCGCGACAUGCUCUUCUGGAGUUUUUGCCUGCUGACCUUCGUGCAGUGUGUGGCCGGGAUGAUUUUGAGCACCCUGUGCGCCGAUUUCAUCAACGACACAGGCAACAACCUGGAAAUUCGCAAAGAG